CGUGUUCCUUCAUUCAUUUUCUCACAUUUGAAACGCCAUCCUGUGCCAUGUGGCGAGCGCUCCCGUCUGCCAAGCUUGGGCAGCGCUGCCAGUGGCAUGCAUGGCGAACGAAAACAGGAGGCAAAAACCGCUACAAUAUGAUCCGCCAGCGUGCAAUGCAACAGCAUGUGGAUUAUCUUCGUCAGCUGGAGCCGGAGCAGCAGCCGAUCCCCACGCGUGCCAUCAAGCAGCAGGACGACUACCUGCGACAGUUGGAGUCUCCGCGACCCUAUCGCAGGCUUUCAGUCGACCCACAGCUGCGGACCCUGCAGCAGGAGAUGGGCAAUGUCAUGGGCCACCCGGAGAUCACAGAGCAGCCCAGCGAGGUGGAGCUGCGGGCUUUGCAGCCGCAGCGCCUGGCGCAUUUCCGAGGAGAGCCCUCCGCGAGGUGGCAGUGGAGCCCUUCGGAAAGAUCGAGGUGCACCAUGGGGACAUUUUCUCCUUUUGGGAGAAGGACUUGCAGGACCUGGCCGAGCGCCCGAAGGAGAGUUCUGCAAGAGCCGCGGCCCGCAGCAUGGUGCUUCCCAUGUCACCGAACUUGCUACCCUACCGUGGCUUGGGCUUAGAGGCCUUCGACCGCGGCGGCGCGCUGCUGGUGAGAGAAACCUUCGAGGAGGCCAAGCGAGAGUUCGGCAUCGAGAAUCCAGAGAACGAGAAGGAAACGAAGAUCCACCUGGAGCCCGGGAACGUGGUGCAGCUACCGUUGCACCACUUGGCGCCGCCUUUAGUGCGGAGACAGCUGCAGGAGGGCGACUGCAACUGGAAGAACCGGAUCAUGUUCAUGAUCAUGCCCUGGGUGUGGGAGGGCAGCCCCAUGGACGCCGCAAAACGGUUCCGCUUCUGCACCAAGCGUGCCUUCGAAAGUGCGGUAAAGCACUGUAAGAAGGUGUCGCAGGAGGCGGAGGCAAAGAUGCAGCCGUACGAGGGCACUGUGGCGUUGCCCAAUUUGGGCGGCGGCAUCUAUGGCUAUGAGCCCAGGAGCAGCAGCGUUUCGCUGGUGGAGGAGGCCUUUGAGACACUACUGCAAGUAGAGGCCUCGGACCCCUGCUACGCCCUGCGGCGCAUUUGCUUCGUGGAGGCAGACCUGGAAACUGCCACGAGCCUUGCAGAGUCCCUGGUGCAGGUCUCUCAUCGCUGGCUGCCGGAGCAACGCCUCACCACGGCGCCAGAGUGGUGGGGCCGACAGACGCGGCGGCUGCUGGUGCUGCCGGCAAAGCCCAAUUUCUUCUGGCGGAAGUUCCGGGUGAAAUUCAAGCAGCGCCAUGGCGUGAAGAAGCGGGAGCUGGUGAACUACGAGGGUAACGUGGUGCCUUUCCUUUGGCGCGCCCAGAAGGUCCGCCAGCCACCGCCACUGUUGGUGCAUCAAAGUGAUGGUCGUCUGCCGGACCCCCAGAGACAGCUGAACCCCGGCCCUACUACAAGCACGGGAUCUCUCACAUGCUGUUUCCCCACCGCCAGCGUGGCUUCCGCGGUUUAAGGCGGACGGCGCGUGGGCAAUGGGUUGGAGCGGCCGGCAAGUACAAACUCAGUGAUGACAUCCGCCCGAAGAUGUGAGCUUGUCGCAUGCUCUGAGCA